AUGCGUUGGCUUGCUACAUUCAACAACGGCUUCACCGCGGCCAACUACCUGAGUCACAUUAAGAAGUUCUGCAUUAUUCUGGACUUGGACACCGCACCCUUUGAUUCAGCUCGUAUAAAAACUGCCAUCUCCGGUCUUAAGAAGUCUACACAUCGCCCUGAAUCUUUGGCUAUUCGUCGUCCUCUUUUGCUGAAAAUUGUCGAAUGGGCCAAGAAUCGUAAACUAUACUUGUUCGCGGCAGCCGCUGUUGCUGCCUAUAUCGGAAUGUUCCGCGUCUUCUGA